UGUCAAAAACCAGGCAAUACUUGUUGAACCAGCAGCAGCCCAGGGAACAACGACUGCUGGAAGCUGGACCUCGGCCACCGUGUUUCCCCAUCACGGCAGCACCCGUGAGCUGAUCCAGACCUGUUGCCCUGGGAGCUGGGCUUCCACGUGACCUCCCCAAGACCACUCAGAUAAUGAGAGGAAAUACAGUCAUCAGCUUACAGAAGGCUGGGGGUUCCAGACUACAGCUGCAAGUCCUCCGCCGCCUGCCUGACCAGAGCCAUUCACCUCUCUGCAGGCAGUUCUCAGCUGUUCCCUGUGAGUCUGCGGACACCACCCGAGAUGUCCCUUUUUGGUGGCUGGGGAAUGCUCGCAGCCUUUCUUGCCCUGCUCUGCUGCCGAGGGUCUCGUGUGAAGGCGUUCGAGGGGCCAGAGCAUCUGAUGGUGGGGUCUGGAGAGUCUCAGUUCAUUAAUUGUACUGCCAGUUGCACGGACCCCAAGAAACUUGUUCUGGAGACACACCUAAACAAGACUCUCCUGGACAGCCAGGCUCAGUGGAAGCUAUUCAAGGUCGCCAACAUCUCCAAGGAUGAGAAGCUCCUGUGCAGUUUCACCUGCGGCGACAGGCAGGAGACGAAAGUUUUCAUCGUCACCGUGUUCUACCCUCCAAAGCAAGUGCUCCUGACACUGUGGCCCACCUCAGUGGCCAUAGGGACACUGUUCACCAUUGAGUGCAGGGUCCCUGCCGUGGCGCCCCUCGAAGGCCUCACUGUCACCCUGCUCCGUGGUACUGAGAUCUUGUACAAUCACACCUUUGUGGGGACAGCACCUUCCCCCCAAGAUGCCUUGGUCAGCCAUAACACCACAGCUCACAGGGAAGACGGCCACCAUAACUUCUCGUGUGAGGCCCAGAUGGACCUGCGCUCUCACGGCGGUGGCCUCGUCCACAGAAUCUCAGAUCCUCAGAGGCUUGAAGUCAAAGAGCCCGAGCCCAAGACCCAGAUGGUGAUCAUCAUCGCGGUCGUGAUAGUGCUGCUGCUUGUGGUUGUGUGUCUCGUGCUCCUGUACUGGUACCGACAGCAGACUCGAAACACCUGAGUGCAAGCCGCUUAGAAGAGGCUGAUAGGGAGCCACCGGGCACAGCCCGUGUGAGCGGCGCGGCCACUGUCAUGGCGGCCACUGAACUCAGUGUGGCUCCUUAGGCUGGUCCAGGCCUGGGGAGGGACCAUGUGAAGCAGCCUCAAUACAAACACCUGUUCUUAA